CACUUGAAUUUAAAAAUAAUCAAUUAAGAUAUGAACUAACAACUGCUCCGUCAAGAACUGAUAUUGAUGAAUUUUUAACUCAAGAUGUCGCUAAACAAAUAUUAAAGAGAUAUUUGAGCGGCACUAAUAUAGACAAACUCAGGAAAUGUGGAACGAUGGACAAACUCGUAAUAUUAAUAAAAGAGGUAUUCAAGAUAUAUUACGAUAAAUACGAUAUUCAAGCCGUCAAGAAACUCGAUAGAAUUGCAAUCAAUUGCAAAGUUGCGAGUAGAUCCGGCAAGAACAUUGCAUCAAGACUUAUGCUUUAA